AAGGGCCUUUAAAUCAAUUCAGAGAUGACAAGUUUGCAAUCAGGAGAUUUUCAUGUGAAUAAAGUUGAGAACCUAGUAUUCGGUGGAGGUGGAGCAAAGGGCGUUGCCUAUAUAGGAGUUAUUGAGGUUUUGGAGCAGGUUAACAUAUUGCCAAAUGUGAAAAGAUUUGCAGGAACUAGUGCUGGGUCCAUAGUUGCUUCGCUUCUCGCCCUGAAAUGCCCAGUACCAGAUAUCCAAAAAUACAUGAGAAUUAACUUUGACUAUUUACUGAAAGAUUGCUGCUGUGGACUAUGUAGCUGUAAUCAAGCUUGUUGUUGUGCCUGUCCUUGUUGUUGCUCAUGCUGGCUUGGUUGUCUGGAUCGCAUCAGCUCGUGCUUUUUGACAACUUGUGGUAUCUGCAAUCUUCUUUGCAGAGUUUGCUCUUGUAGAAGUGUGUCAUUUGGAAUGUACACUGGGGAUAAAUUCAAAACUUGGCUCGGGAAUAGAUUCAAGGAGCUUGGUUUCUCAAGCAAAGUCACCUUUAAGGAGUUGUACGAAAAGAACGGGAAUGAGUUGUGUAUAGUUGUGACCAACAUCAGCACACAGAUAGAGGAAUAUUGUCACGUAAAGACAACACCAGACAUGGAGAUCAGACAAGCCGUCAGAAUGUCUAUGUCCAUUCCAGUGGUUUUUGAAGACGUACGAAUGAUAAACGUCAGUUCUGGUAGAGAAGCGGUAUAUAUUGAUGGUGGAUUGUUAUGUAAUUACCCAAUAUUCUGCUUUGAUGGAUGGUGGCUUUCAAUGAAACCAGAACACUCUUUCUUCAGAAAGCUAACAGAUAUAGAAUCAAUGCCAGAAAAAUACGAUGGAAGAUUUAAACCAGAAAAACACGAAGAUUUGUUUAAAACACUUGGAUUCGUAUUGUUUGGUGACAAGGAAAGUGAAUUAUAUCGGAGACAAUUCAUUGGAAAACCAGGCAUAAACAAAAUUCAAACUACCAUAACAGAGCAGCCAAGUGAUGUGGGCAACCCAGAAAAAGAUCCUGUUGAUGGAAUUUUUAAAAACAUUGAGACCAGGCUGAAAAGAAAAUUUGUGGCCUUGAACAAAGCCGACAAAGACACAAGUGAGAAAUAUUUGAUGGAGUUUUUGGAGUUUGUUGCCGAUAAAGAAGAAAAUGAAAAAUUAGAAAAAACAACCUUUAUUGCUGAACUUCAAGUGUUUAAAGACAGUAAUGAAGUUGCUUUCGCUGCCUUAUUUGGAUAUAGAACUCCGACACAAGUAUGGAAAUACUUAACACAAAGGAAAGGGGACAAGUUGGAAUUUGAGGACAUUAGUCGGUUCAUCACAAAGACGACAGGAUACAGUGUAGACCAAUGGUACAGUGGUUUCUCUUACAAACCAUGUAAAACAACAAAAGAAUUCUUCAGCUCUUUAACUAGUACACUGAUUACAAAUUCCAGUCGAAUUCAUUUAAGGGACACAGAUAUCCCCAGAACAGUUGGAAUAAACACAAAAUACAUCACAGCUCUCGACUUUGACAUGGAAGAGGAUGACAAAAAUUUACUGGUUCAAUGUGGAAGAAGUGCAUUGAUUGAAUUUUUGGGAUCUUUUGGCGAAAACUGUGCAAAGGAAACGGGAAAGAGUUAACUACAUUGACUUUCAGUGACUUUUGAUAUAACAUUUUAUAUUUUAUAUAGUGUGUUGACUUAUGUAUAUUGCAAGU